AUGACACAGCUCUCCCUCCUCGGCACUCUGCUGCUCCUGGCGUCGUCGGCCGCGGGCCAGACGACCCGCACGACGAGCACGACCCGCACAACCCGCGUCACGACCAGCACCAUCAAGUGGCAGGCCUCCGGCGGCGUCUCGUGCCCUCACCCGGCUGUCAACACAGUCUGGCCGACGCCGACGGGCAGCACCUCAUACCCGACAGCGUCGGUCAUCCCGGCCGGCGCCGUCUUCGACGGCCGCAUGGCCCUCUUCGACCGCAAGGGCAGCCCCGGCGACUGCAGCGGCCAGAAGGAGCAGGACGAGGCCGCCGCCGUCUUCAUCCUCGAGCCAGGCGCCACGCUGCGCAACGCCAUCAUCGGCCCCGCACAGGCCGAGGGCGUCCACUGCCGCGGGCCUUGCACCAUUGAGAACGUCUGGUGGGACGACGUCUGCGAGGACGCCGCCACCUUCAAGGGCGCCGGCCCGCGUUACGUCCGCGGCGGCGGCGCCCGCGAGGCCAGCGACAAGGUCUUCCAGCACAACGGCGAGGGCUGGCUUCACAUUGACGGCUUCUACGCCAACAAGUACGGCAAGUUCUACCGCUCCUGCGGUAACUGCAGCCAGCAGUUUCAGCGCCACGUCAACAUUACCAACUUUGUUGGCAUCCAAGGCACAGUUGUGGGCGUCAACCAAAAUUAUGGAGACACCGCCGAGCUGUCGAACUACUGCCUGGCCAAGGUUGGCGUCGUCUGCACCCGCUACAACGGAUGUGUCAAACCCUGUGAGGCGGGAGAGGUUGGCGAGGGCGAGCUCGAGCCUUUCUGCAAAAUCAAUGGCGAUGACUGGAGCUAA